AUGAUCUGAAAUGUUUUCUUUGUUUCUUGAGUUUCUCGUGUGUGUUUGUCAUGAUUUAGUUUGUUACGCGUUUUAGAUGUGACAUACUGUAAAUCCAUCACCAAUGGAAAUUCUGAUUCAUUUGCUGCUUUUCUCAGGACUUUGUCUAUUUACACAAGGCACCACACGUAAUUAUGUUCUGGUCUUGGGAGACAAGAACUGGACUGACGCUCAAGCUUACUGCAGACAGAAUUUCAUCGACCUGGCCACUGUUCAAACCACUCAAGAUGUGGCAAAUGUUGCAACGUUACUACCUCAAUAUACAUCGUCUUUAGUGUGGACUGGAAUGUACAAUGACCUUAAUAGUUGGAGAUGGUCCUAUAAGAACGAGGCUAUAACUUAUACGCACUUUUAUUCCAGUGAACCAAACAACAAUGGAGAUCAGGAAUGCGUAGCAUCUAAAAUUGGCUACUGGAAUGACUUGGUGUGCUCUUCUAAAUUAGUGUUUUUUUGCUAUGAUGAUACUCAAACAGGAGCAGCUAGGUUUGUUUUAGUCUCAGAUGUCUUAAGGACAUGGCACGAUGCUCAGAUUUACUGCAGACAGACUUUCACCGACCUGGCCAUCAUUCGAAAUCAAAAUGAAAAUAACGUGCUGAAUGUCGCUACCAAUUACGCAUGGAUUGGCAUGUUUAGGGAUUCGUGGAAGUGGUCAGAUGGAACAAAUGUCAGCGCUUACCCCAUUAACUGGGCGAGUUCUGAACCAAACCUAAACGGGAUGAACCCAAUUUCUGUUACUGCAGAACUUGAUGGAUCAUUAGAUGAUCAGCUCGGCUCAUAUACCUUUCCUUUCCUCUGCAUGUACAAUGCAACGAAUGUUACAACUCCAAUGAAGGUUAUAAAUUUAGUGAAUAUUACGGAUCCAAAGCAGCAGAUUUUGAGAGUGGAGAUAAAGACUGGUCAGAACCUAAACAACCCUACAAACAUGCAGUUCAUCUUGCAGUGGAUAAAGCAGAAACUGACAGUACAGGGUGUGGUCAUCGCAAGAAUGACGUGGAAAACACAACCAAAUGGAAAUGUUUUCUCAAUCAAACCUGAAUAUCAACCCAUCCAUCAAGCUUGUUCUUCUAACAUAUAACAAUUCUAGCACAUUUAGAGAUUUAUCCGAUUGUUCUGACCCUUUGUCCUCAAAAAGUAAACAUAUGUUUUCGAUUGAUUUAGAAAUCUUAUUUUAA